AUGCAGUGGUACUUAGUCGCUACGCUUCUCACCGUUCUCACCAGUUCUCAGGGAAUACUAACAACCCUAUCGCAAACUAAUGGAACAUAUAAGUAUGAUUAUGCAACUGUGCCAUUUCUCGCUGAGGUUUUUAAGCUUGCUGUGUCAAGUUUGUUACUUUGGAAGGAAUGUCAAAAAUCGCCUCUUCCAAGGAUGACAACGGAGUGGAAAACAGUGUCUUUGUAUCCGAUUCCUUCUGUUAUAUAUCUCAUUCAUAAUAAUGUUCAGUUUGCUACUCUCACAUUUGUGGACACUUCCACUUAUCAGAUAAUGGGUAAUUUGAAGAUUGUUACCACUGGAAUAUUAUUCAGGCUUUUCUUAGGGAGGAAGCUUUCCAACUUGCAGUGGAUGGCCAUUAUGCUGUUGGCCGUUGGAACAACCACAAGUCAGGUCAAGGGUUGUGGAGAGGCUUCCUGUGACUCCCUAUUCUCAGCACCAAUUCAGGGUUACAUGUUAGGAAUUCUAUCUGCUUGUCUCUCAGCAUUAGCUGGAAUUUAUACCGAGUUUUUGAUGAAGAAAAACAACGACACCUUAUACUGGCAGAAUAUACAGUUGUACACGUUUGGUUCAAUUUUCAAUUUGGCAAAGCUUAUUGUGGAUGAUUUCAGAGGUGGCUUUGAAAAUGGGCCCUGGUGGCAUCGCAUUUUUAAUGGAUACACCGUCACCACUUGGUUGGUGGUAUUAAAUCUAGGGUCUACCGGUCUUUUGGUUUCAUGGUUAAUGAAACAUGCUGAUAAUAUUGUUAAGGUGUAUUCAACAUCCAUGGCAAUGCUGCUUACAAUGAUUCUAUCAACAUUCCUCUUCAGUUUCAAACCUACAUUGCAGCUAUUCCUGGGAAUUAUUAUUUGUAUGAUGUCUUUACACAUGUAUUUUGCCCCACCAAAUAUGCUCUUAGAUAUGCCAUUAACAGUUAAACCUGAUGAAGAAGAGAGGCUCAUUGAAGUUUCUGUUGAUCGGAGAACACAUUCGUGA